AUCAUUUAUCUGGAUCGCCUCGUUAGACAAGGGGCUUACUCUUGUACCUUCUCAUCGCACUCUCUCCCUCAUUCUUGUAAAAUAGGAAAGGGCCAGGUAGGGAAUCAGGCUCCUUAGUUCCAUUUACAGUGCUAUUAUAAUGGCUUCAGAGAGUGUAUCAUAUGAUCACAUAUUCAAGAUAAUACUGGUCGGUGAUAAUGGUGUCGGUAAAUCCAGCAUCAUUAGAAGAUUCUGUGAGGGAACCUACACGCAUGACAUGGACACCACGAUCGGCGUUGACUUUUAUUUGAGUGAAAUUGAUGUCAGUGGAAAGAAAAUCAAGGUGAAGAUAUGGGAUACAGCUGGCUCUGAGAAGUACAUGUCAAUAUCUGCAGUCUAUUACAGAAAAGCAGACGGCGUCAUAUUUGUAUUUGACAUGACGAGACCUCGAUCAUUUACUAACGUAGUAUCAGUUUGGAUGAAUGCUGUAGAGGCACAAGAAAGUGGCUGUCCUGAAGCUAUCAAAGUACUAGUAGGGAACAAAGCUGAUCUUAGUCCUGAAGUAGAUAUGACGCAAGUUAAGAGAUAUGCAGAGCUUCAUGAUAUGAGACUAGUGGAAGCUAGUGCCAAGAGCAAUAUGAACAUUACAGAGAUAUUUACCAGUCUAGCUAAAGAGAUUAUAGACGAGAGAGUCGCUCGAGAGAAAGACCCUGCGGGAGGAAAGAAGACGGAUAGCUUCUACGUAGCAAGAGGGUCGGCAAACAAAAAAUCAAGCAACAACAACAACGAAGGAGGAGGAAGAGGAGGAGGUGGCUGUAAAUGCUAAUAUUGUACAGAUUAUAGAUUAUCGAUAUUAUUAUUACACAGUUAUAAAUUAUUAUUACUAUUAUUAAUAAUAAAGGUGUUAUUAUUGUUUGUGUGUUUGAUGGUUCUUGUUAAUGUCAGUUACUAUCUAUCACUUUCCCUCCCUCUCAUUUUGUCUAUCACUUCCUUUAUUUAAAAGUUACAUUAUUAUGUUCACUAACAGUUAAUUCUA